UUCCAGGUCGGCACCGGCGCUCCUCUCCUUCCUAGCCUGGCUAAAAGGCCGCGCGAUUUUCUCGUCGAUCGAGCACGAUCGCCGCCCAGCGCGGCCACCAGGUCUGUUCUUCGCUCUCGAUUUGGGAAUGCCGGCGAUCUUUUUCUCGAUUCCACAUCCUAACCGAGGGCUUCGCCAAUGCAGUGUGAGAUUUCCGGAGGAGCUGCAGUUCUCCCGCCUGGCGGCGGCAUCAUGGACUCGAUUUUCGCGGAUCGGGCUGUAUCGCUCAUCGCAGCACUGCUCCUGGCGGCAUGAAAGAAGUGAGUGGGAAAUGUAGCUUAGCUGGGAUCAUGAGACACGACAGGGGAUGCGUCUGGUGGCGUCGGAGCUCGCGAGGCGUGUAGCAGGCGAUUUAAGACAGGGAAUUUCCAUGUCGGCGGUGACGAGCAAGAGAAAGGUCCACUGGAGAUGGAAGUUACUGGCUUACGCGUUCUUCCUGGCUAUGGCGUCGUGUCUUAUCUACAUGACCAUCCUGGUGCCGCAGUUCCUCAAGCCCAGCCUUCUCAUCUUCGACGGGUUUUCCAGCAUCGACGAAAGCUAUAAGAACGCGCACGAGCAGUAUGAAGUGAGCCGCCACCACCAUGAAGGGCCGGGACAGAUCAGAGUUUCUAAGCCGGAGAGGCAAGCUUCCAAGGAAAUGUCACUCGUCCAGGAUGAUGUUUACAAGUGGUACUCGGGCUUGAAUCCACUGCUCCGGAAGACCAACAAAGGGACGAGCUUUAUCAUCAAGCAGCCCAGGCAGGCACUCAAGCAGUGGAUGGGCGAUGUCUCGGAGCUCCAGCGUGCCGCUAAUGAAGCUCUGGCUGCCGGGUCCGAGUCCUGGAAAAACGUUGUGGCGAUGAGCAAGAAUGGUUCGCGUAAAGUUGCUGAGAGGCCGCGUGGUAAACAGGAGUGUCCACUGGAGCGAACAAUGACUAGGCAGGAGCUGGAAAAUGCUGGGAUGGCGAUGGUGCUGCCUUGUGGACUCGAGAUGGGAUCAUCGGUCACUGUGGUUGGCAAGCCUCAUGGCGGACGUAUGGAGUAUGUCAAGGGGAGAGUGGAGAAGUCCGUGAUGGUGAGACAGUUCGUGGUGGAGCUGCAAGCUCUUAAACCCGGCAGGGCUGAAGAUCCUCCCCGCGUCUUUCAUCUCAAUCCGAGACUAUCAGGUGACUGGAGCGACAAACCUGUCAUUGAGAUUAACAGCUGCUUCCAUGGAAAAUGGGGUGUCUCGCAGAGAUGUCAUGGAUUGCAGUCUCAAGAAGAUGAAACAGUUGACGGACUUUAUCAGUGCGAAGAGUGGCUUCAAGAAGGCACUGAAAUUAAAAAGAGCAGCGAAUCGCUGUCGUGGUGGAAGUCACUGUUUCAAAACGCUGAAAAGUCGGACGACUUGUUGUGGCAUUUCCCAUUUGCCGAGGACCGGUUCUUUGUUCUUACUAUCAGAGCCGGAUUUGAGGGCUACCAUCUUAUUGUCGACGGAAGGCACAUUGCAUCUUUCCCGUAUAGAGAGGAUUUCAGUUUGGAGGAUGCAACUGGAGUGUUUGUCGGUGGACAUCUCGACGUGCACUUGGUCAUGGCGACGUCUCUUCGUUUAUCAAACUCCAGUAUUCCUUUGACAGAAACUUUGGAACUCAUUCCAAAGUGGAAAGCACCAGUUCCGGUCAAUCCAAGUCCCGAGCUGUUCAUAGGAAUUUCCUCGACGAGUUCUCAUUUUGGAGAGCGGAUGGCCGCUAGAAAGACUUGGAUGCGUUCACCAUCUAUCCUUUCCGGCCGAGUAGUUGCCAGAUUUUUUGUUGCACUGUGUGCAGAUAACUACAUGAACUUACAAGUCAAGCAAGAAGCUGAUUUCUACAGAGACAUGAUCAUCAUCCCCUCCAUGGACCGGUAUGAACUUGUCGUUCUGAAAACUAUAGCAAUCUGUGAAUUCGGGGUUCGCAACUUCUCAGCUAAGUACACCAUGAAGUGCGACGACGAUACGUUCUCUCACGUCGAGUCCAUUCUCCACGAGCUGGAAAUGACUCCUUACAAGACCGGACUUUACAUGGGGAACAUCAACCGGUACCACAGACCGCAGAGAAUGGGAAAAUGGGCUGUUACUUACAAGGAAUGGCCCGAGGACGAGUACCCGUUAUACGCCGACGGUCCCGGAUACGUGGUAUCAGCCGACAUUGCGAAUUUCAUAGUGGAGCACCAUGAGAAGCGUACUCUUCGCAUUUUCAAGAUGGAGGACGUGAGCAUGGGACUGUGGGUGUCGCAAUUCGCGCUCUCGAAUCCAGUCUACUACAUCCACCACUCCAAGUUUUGUCAAUGGGGGUGUGUGGAGGACUACUACACGGCACACUACAUGUCGCCCCGCCAGAUGGUUUGUAUGUGGCAAAAGCUCUCGCGAGGAAAAGCUCAGUGCUGCAAUAUGUGAGGAGAAAAUCACUUUGCUCGCUCGCUCUUCUUUUUCCGCAUGUAAUUUUGUACGGCUGCGAUGAAGUGACUCUGACGGUUGCGAUUUUUGCGACGAAUCGACGGUUUUGAUCUUUGUU